AGCUCUGGACCGGCCGGUUCGGUGUUUCAGCAGAAAUGCAAAGAAUUCAUGGCUUCAGCUUUUUAAAUGAGAAAAUCUGAGCCGGACGCAGUCGAGCAGAAACUCAUGAGCAACCCCAUCCCGUCCAACCUCAAGUCCGAGGCCAAGAAAGCCGCCAAGAUCUUGAGGGACUUCACUGAAAUCUCCAACAGGAAUGGACCGGACAAGCUCAUCCCCGCUCACGUGAUCGCGAAGGCCGAGGGUUUGGCCAUCAUCUCCGUCAUCAAGGCCGGAUUCAUGAUCACGGCCAGAGGAGGCAGCGGCAUCGUCAUCGCCAGGCUGCCCGACAGACGUUGGUCGGCACCUUCAGCCAUUGGUAUAGCUGGUCUGGGCGGAGGCUUCGAGAUCGGCGUGGAGGUGUCGGACCUGGUGAUCAUUCUGAACCAGCGCCGUGCUAUCGAGGCGUUCACCAAGGGCGGGAACCUGACGCUGGGCGGGAACUGCACGGUCGCCGUGGGGCCAAUGGGCAGGAACGUGGAGGCCGACGUGGCUCUGCGCAGCCCCGCGGCGGUCUUCACCUACUGCAGGUCCAGAGGUCUGUUUGCAGGGAUUUCUCUGGAGGGAUCCUACCUGAUCGAACGCAAAGAAACCAACCGCAAGUUCUACUCCCAGGACAUCCGUGCGUCGGCCAUUUUGAACGGUGAUGUGGAGCCGCCGUCGGAGUGCUACGAUCUCUACCACAUCCUGGACGUCUACACCGAAGCCUACACCGCCGACUGGACCAGCAAGAACCUGCGGGUUAAGUCUGUUCCUCCAUCCAGACCUCCAGCGCCGCCACAGCAGAGACCUCCGAGCAGCUUCCAGCGACCAGCCGCCGGAGCGGGAGGCAAAAACACCCUUUACCCGAGCAUCUCCAUCUACAAAUCUGAGAGCUCAGGUGGAGCAUUGUCGGGGGGUGGAGCAUCGUCAGGGGGCGGAGCCACCGGCCAGCUGGUUGUCACGGCGACCCACCCGUUCACGGGGCAGCAGCCCGGCGACCUGAGCUUCGUGCCCGGCGACCGCAUCACCGUCCUCACCGAGACCGAGUCCCAGUACGACUGGUGGGAGGGGCGACUGGCCGACGGGCGCGUCGGCAUCUUCCCCGCCAACUUCGUCACGUACUGACGUCGCCCCCCGGUGGUCCGACGACCAACUGCAGCCGAACAACAGUUUCUGCGGGAGGCAGGCGGCUCGAGAGAACAAACACUGCAGGCUUUGGGCAACGCUGGGUUGGGUCUGAUGGAAGCUAAACUCACCGGCAUCUGGGCGGAGAAUCGACCAGUCACCUUCAUACUAAUAUCUACGAACAUCGUAGCAACAUGUCCAGCAGGAGCAUUUUAACGUUACAGAUGAAACUAAUACCAGAAAACAUUCAGCAGGUGACAAUCGUCCAACUCAUCUCCUGGAAAGCUGAGCUGUAAAAGGCUAAAAACAGCACGAAGCAGCGGCGAAUUAAACAGCUACGCUUGAUCUAGUUACAACGAUGUUAAAAAAAAAAAAAAAAAAUGGUGCAACAAGAAAGUUUUCACUCGAAUUUCCUGAAAACUUCCAACCAGACUCCCAGAUGUUUUCUGUCUGUUGUGUUACGAGCCUGAAGGCUGCUGGAGAGACUUUAGCUUCAAUACUGGAUGAGAUGUUACGCUUUCCUUCGCUGUGCUUUCCUGCGUUACACAAAACAGUAUUUAAAGGUUGACUUGUAGGAUCUGUUACUGCUCCUCCUGCACACGUCUCCACAGCAGCCAGCAGGAGGCGCUUGUUUCAUGAGCAGCUUUAACGUCAGGUGGCUUGUCAGUGGCAGCGGGUUUGUUCUGUCAUUCGCUUUGAUUGAAACGAUAACGUGGUGUGUUUCUGGGACGAUCGUGAAUAAAUCAAAUCUGUAAAAAUGU